AUGAUUCGAAUUCAAUGGUCGGACAGACAACAAACGAUUACACAUAAGGAAAAUGUUACCGUUGCCAUGCCGAGAGAUGCAGAGACUAAUACUACAUAUCUACGAAUUGUUGUAAAUCAAAAGACGAUUAUAUCUGAAGAACUUAAUCAUUUUCAAUGGCUUUAUGAGUCAAGUUCGACUGGAGUAGCAACAAUUAGUGCACCAUCGAUGACAAUUGUUAUUCUUUAUAAUUCACAAGACAGAGCAUCAUAACCCGAAAGACAACGACCCAGUUCACCUAUACAACGGCCAAGUCCAUCUAUACAACGACCAAGUCCAUCUAUACGACGACCAAGUCCAUCUAUACAACGCCGUAUUGAACCAACACAAGGUAUUGAUAAUUAA